AUGUCCUCGAAUUUGUUUGUUGUGGAGCAUAAAUACCCCGAACAAGCAGACUUCGACAUAUUUUCAUCAUUUCGCUAUGAUCCCAACCUUCCCAGUAUGACCCUGCAACACCCUGGGAGCUACCCCGAACCCUUGGACUCGCCCUACUACCUACUGGCCUAUCACCAAGAGCGAAUCAUAGCUGCAGCACGCCAUUUCAAUUGGCAAGAUGUGUUUGAAAAUGGGCCAAUGUGGAUGAAUGGGGACGUUAAAACCCUAGACAGAUUCCUGAAUUGGCGAGUACCGGACAAAACUCGACCGUGGCGGUUGAAGCUCUCUCUACAACGCAACGGCCAUGCGUUUUGCGAGUUUUCAGAGACCGGUCCCAUGGAUCUGGUCAAUUUCUUGACCCCUGAUUUACACAAGAGUACAGACUCGACUGUUUGGCGUGUUCUCGUGGAUACGGAACGUACAGAACCGUCUGGCUUCACGACGCACAAGACCACUGACCGGGAGAACUACACACUUGCUCAGUCUCGGGGCAAUGUGAGCCCUGGGGCAAAGCCAGAAGAGAUUCUUAUGGUGAAUAUGGAGGGCGAGAUCAUGGAAGGAACUAUCACUACUCCAUAUUUCCGGCGCGGGGAUGCUUGGGUCACUCCGCCACUUACCUGCGGUGGUAAUGCGGGUACAACAAGAAGAUAUGCUUUGGAACAAGGGUUCUGCGUUGAACAGAAGGUCAAGGCUUCAGAGCUUAUGGAUGGAGAAGAAUGUUGGCUAAGCAAUGGUGUCCGAGGGUUUAUGCGUGGUAGGGUUUCUCUGAACCCAUCGCAAUGA